UACCAUUUUCUUUAUUUGGUCACCACGAGGAGUGACCCACCAAAUCGACCACAACCCCCUCCUCUCCCUCUCCAUGGCCUCCUCCGCUCUCAGGAGCCCUAACCCUACCCUCUCCAAGCCCUCGGCCUUCUCCUCCUCAUUCUCCUCCUUCCUCCUCCCCCGGACGAUCCCAGCGGAGCUCCGCCUCCCGCGGCGGUGCGCCACCGCGAUGCGACCCCCGGUCUCCGUCGCCUAUACGCUCACGCGGGAGCCCGCCGCCGUGGAGGCGGCGGCGGCGGCGAGGCCGGACUCGUUCGGAAGGUUCGGGAAGUUCGGCGGGAAGUACGUCCCCGAAACCCUAAUGCACGCUCUAGCCGAGCUCGAGGAGGCGUUUCGAUCCCUCUCCAAGGACGCUGAGUUUCAGAAAGAAUUGGAUGGUAUUCUUAGAGACUACGUUGGCCGUGAGAGCCCGCUGUACUUUGCGGAACGCCUUACAGAACAUUAUAAACGUGCCAACGGUGAGGGCCCGCAAAUAUACUUGAAAAGGGAAGAUCUUAACCACACCGGCGCCCACAAAAUCAACAAUGCUGUAGCGCAAGCUUUGCUUGCAAAGAGGUUGGGAAAGAAGCGCAUCAUAGCUGAAACAGGAGCUGGUCAGCACGGUGUUGCCACUGCGACUGUAUGUGCGAGAUUCGGUUUGCAGUGCGUAAUUUACAUGGGUGCUCAAGAUAUGGAGAGGCAGGCCCUUAACGUUUUCAGGAUGAGGCUUCUCGGGGCAGAGGUAAGAGCUGUCCAUUCUGGGACUGCAACACUGAAGGAUGCCACCUCAGAGGCCAUAAGGGACUGGGUGACCAACGUGGAGUCGACCCAUUACAUUUUGGGCUCUGUUGCAGGUCCACACCCAUAUCCUAUGAUGGUCAGAGAAUUCCAUGCCGUUAUUGGCAAGGAGACUCGAAAGCAGGCGAUGGAAAAGUGGGGUGGCAAGCCCGAUGUUUUGGUUGCUUGUGUUGGCGGAGGUUCAAAUGCGAUUGGACUCUUUCAUGAAUUUGUCGAUGAUAAAGACGUUAGAUUAAUUGGUGUGGAGGCUGCUGGGUUUGGACUUGAUAGUGGGAAGCAUGCCGCGACCUUAACAAAAGGUGAAGUAGGGGUUCUGCAUGGGGCAAUGAGUUAUUUAUUGCAAGAUGAGGAUGGACAAAUAGUUGAGCCUCAUUCGAUAAGUGCUGGUUUGGACUACCCGGGUGUUGGACCAGAGCACAGUUACUUGAAGGAUAUUGGGCGUGCAGAGUACUAUAGCAUCACUGAUCAUGAGGCCUUGGAAGCUUUCAAGCGGCUUUCUCGAUUGGAGGGCAUCAUCCCAGCAUUAGAAACUUCUCACGCAUUGGCCUACUUGGAAGUUCUCUGCCCGACUCUACCGAAUGGGACAAAGGUUGUACUAAACUGCAGCGGCCGAGGGGAUAAGGAUGUGCAAACAGCUAUAAAGCACCUUCAACUCUAAGCAUAGGAUCUUAAUUCCCAUUUUUCGAAUAUAGAGAGGGAAUAUCAGCAUCAUGCCAAUGUUGGUUUGUACUACUGUUGGGUACCAUCUUGUUCUAUGUCCAACUUUUGACUUAAAAAACACAAUGAGGAAUAAACAAUAGUUUUGAUACUUUCUUCUUAA